GGAGGGAAACCCCUCUGUCUGAGCAGGUGGAGUUCUAAGCGUUAGCAUGAGGCUCUGAAGCUGUACAGCAGCAUCGAUUAAUCAUAAUAAAUAAAGAUCGCUUCUUUAUAAGGAACGGAUUCAACUUAACGCUUUAAAAAUGACCACCACCACCACUUUCCAAGGCAUGGACCCGGAGGCCAAGAGCAGCUCCAGAGUGUUGCGUCCACCUGGCGGCGGCUCAAACAUCAGCUUUGGCUCCGAUGAGGACAAGCCUGCUGUCCGCAAGGAUAAAAUGGCUUCCAGUAUCUUUGCGGAGCCAGAGGACCCUCACGCUCAUCGACGGAACAACCCACCAGGUGGGAAGCCCACAGGUGUGCUGUGUGGAGAGCCUUCAGCUCCUCUGAGGAGGUGUGCACCUCCGUCUGCCAAUCAAAACAUGCUGGACGAGCCUUCAUCUGCGAAUGGUGACAACAACACAGUGAGUGCUGAGAGCACAGAUGGCGUGGAGGCUGGUCAGGAGCAGGUGGAGCCGGCUGCGCCCCCAGCCCCAGGCGAAAUGGCUGCGGCAGGGGUCCCAUCCGGCCGCAGGAAUCCUCCCGGAGGAAAAUCCUCCCUCAUCCUGGGCUGAACAACGUUGUCCUCCAGCGCCUAGCAUCCAGAGCCAUGUUCACAAAGUAUCUCUCAGCACUGUUCCUGGGUCAGCUUUGCCUUCUCAGUCCACCAUGACCAAACCCAGCGUGAGUGGGGGUGGAUCCCAGUUUGAUCCUCUUAUGCAGAUACUUUGUAAAUACAGGCCAAAAUCCUGUUUGCCAACAAUGUUAUCUUGUUCUAUGUUUUUUUUUUUCCCUUUUUAUAUCACCUUGAAAGUAUUGUUUGCUGCAUUUGUGCAAGUCUGAGCAAAUCCUUCCACUUCCCAAUCUCUCUUCCUCACUGGUUUGGUUUCUGGGGUAGUGGUCUGGACUGAAGAUCAGAUUAAGCCUGAUGGUCAUGAGAUAAGUGGUUUCACUGACAAUAGUGGGGGAUUUUUUCAUUGAAAACUUAAUUCUUCAUUGAGAAUUUCAUCUGAAGUAUGCCGUGUUUGUAAUUGAGAGCGCUUGUCAGACGGUGCAGUUGAAUGUCUAUAGACCCCUAAAGCCUGCUGUGGAAGGAGUGUGAAUUGUUAUUGUUCGUUCUGUCCCUUGGUGUAAAUGGAUUUAAAAAUGUUUGUGUUAUGAAUUUCUAAGUACAAUAAACUAUUGUUAUGAAGCUUG